UCAACCCUGUUAGGAGAAAGCACAGUCGCAAGAGCUUCCAAGAUGGGCCGUAGGUACUUGGGCCUUCAGGGCAAUGCCUUGCAAAUCGCCAUCGGUGUUAUCGCUGGUAUGGACUUUCUACUAUUCGGUUACGAUCAGGGUGUCACCGGUGGUCUUUUGACCCUUCAGUCCUUCAUCAAAUAUUUCCCCACUAUUGCUACCAGUGGCGCGUACUAUGACAGUCUCACACAGGCCGAACAGAGUACCCAGUCUACUCGACAAGGUAUUGUUGUCGCUGCGUACAACUUAGGAUGUUUUGCGGGGUCUAUCCCGACAAUCUGGGUUGGAAAUUGGCUUGGUCGACGUAAAACUAUCUUCCUUGGUUCUUUCAUCAUGGUCAUUGGAGCUCUGCUACAGUGUACCGCAUUCCAUUUACCCCAGCUGAUUGUUGGACGUCUGGUAACUGGGUUUGGAAAUGGCAUGAACACAUCUACCGUGCCAACCUGGCAUUACUGGAUCGACUUUGGUUUGCUCUUUGCCGACCCCAGUGAGGUCGCCUGGCGUUUCCCACUGGCCUUCCAGAUCUUCUUCGCCGCUAUCAUCCUGGCCUUUGUCAUGUUUCUUCCCGAAUCUCCCCGCUGGCUUGUGCUUAAGGGCAGGGAGGAUGAAGCCAAAGAAGUCCUGGAGGCUUUGUUGGGCGAUGGAACUGAUCCGACCUUUUUGCAGACGGAGUACACAGCUAUCAAGGCGACCGUGUUGGAGAUGGCUAAGGGUUCGUUUAAGGAUAUGUUCACCAUGGACGAAGACCGUCAUUUCCACCGCACUGUGCUGGCUUAUGUCAACCAGAUGUUCCAGCAGAUUUCUGGAAUCAAUCUGAUUACAUACUAUAUCCCGGUUGUGUUGGAAGAGCAGAUGGGUAUGACCCUGAUCAACUCUCGACUGAUUGCGGCGUGCAACGGAACCGAGUAUUUCAUUGCCUCUUGGAUUGCAGUGUUCACGAUCGAAAAAUUCGGUCGCCGGACGCUGAUGCUUUUCGGCGCCGCGGGCAUGUCGGUCUCGAUGAUGAUCCUCGCCAUCACAGCUAGUCUCAAAACCCCUCAAGCCAACAUCGCCUGUAUUGUAUUCCUCUUUGUGUUCAACACCUUCUUUGCCAUCGGCUGGCUGGGAAUGACUUGGCUGUAUCCCGCCGAGAUCGUACCUUUGAAGAUUCGUGCUCCAGCUAACGCCCUGGCGACAUCGUCGAACUGGAUCUUUAACUUCCUCGUCGUGAUGAUCACCCCUGUUGCUUUCGAUAACAUUGACUACCAAACCUACAUCAUUUUUGCCGUUAUUAACGCAUUCAUCGUUCCGGUUGUAUUCUUCUUCUAUCCGGAGACAACCCGUCGAUCGCUGGAAGAAAUGGACCGCAUCUUCCGAAAGACGAAGAGCAUAUUCUCGGUCGUGCGUAUUGCGAAUGAUGAACCUCACAUGUAUGGCAAGCAUGGUGAGCUCCUGCAUACGCUGGACGAUGUGGAGGAUGAUGCUGUGCGCCGGGCUAGUGUUCUGAGCCACGCUCACAAGGAGUUGGAAAAGGAUAGCUCUGAAAACAGCAUCACGAACAAGGCGUGA